AUGAUGUACAGUGGCAUGACGCUCACUAUCGCUCCCUUAACCUUGACUAUGUGCGGAGCGGGACUGCAAACAGGCAGUCCUCGUGAGUCUGUAAACUCAGCAGCUGUGUCGCGGCCUACAGACGCACCAACUCAUCCAGAUGCCAUAGAAACAGGCGCAAACGGUGCUUCGAGGUCUCUCAGUAUUGUCUCUACCCUAAGCACGGCCUUGCCCAGCUCUGUUGUCUCCACAGCGAAUGAUGGCACUCAGGCCAUAAGUUCCGUGUCAGAGAUCAGCAGCUCCCCUACCACCGCGAUUGCAAAUUCGGCUGUAAACGGCAGUGCAUGCUCCUUCGCUGGCUCUAUGCAGCCCGCCAUGAGUCUUAGUGCAAGUGGUCCUAGUGCGAGUGGUAUACUAGAUGGCAACGGGCAACUCGUUAGCGACGCUGCCUCUUUCACACCGCGUACGGCCCACCAAAACAACAUUGAAAUUAGUCAUUUUUCGAGCUGCAGUUCGAUUUUGAAGCUAUAA